UCACCCAACUGCGGUAGACAUGCAGAUAUAAAGGGGGUUGCAUCACCAUCGGACCACAGUGUCAGUACGGCCUGAACGACACCUUGAAUUCCAUUCAUUCCCAAGCCCAGAGCUUCUCUGGACAGUCAGUCCUUUGAUAACCAAAUCUUUUUCCAAUAUUUUCUUUCCAACAUGAAGGUUGCUUCCAUUCUUACCCUGCUUGCGGGCAUCGCCACCGCAGCCCCGGUGGCAGAGCCAGUCGAGGCCCGUCAAUUGUUCGGUGUCGGCAUGUCUGCCAGCGAGUUCACUGAAGAAGGCUGCAAACCGGUCAUCUUCAUCUUUGCUCGUGGCUCGACCGAGCCGGGCAACUUCGGAUUCAUCGCCGGUCCAAACACGGCUAAUAAGCUCAAGGACAUCUUCGGCAAGGAGAACGUCGCCGCGGAGGGCGUCGACUAUCCUGCGCUGUUGACCACCAACUUCCUCCCGUCGGGCGGUGACCCCACUGGUGUCCGCGACAUGAAGGCGAAGCUUCAGAAGGCUACCCAAUGCGACGGUUCCAUCGUCGUCGCCGGUGGUUACAGCCAAGGUGCCGCCAUCACCCACGAGGCCAUCGAAGACUCCCCUUCGCAAGUCGUUUCCCGCAUCGCCGGCGUCGUCACCUUCGGCGACACCAAGAAGCUGCAGUCCCGCGGCAAGAUCCAAGGUAUCCCCCCGGAGAACUUCAAGAUCAUCUGCGCCAUAGGCGACCUUGUCUGCAGCGGCACCUUGAUCAUCACCGUGGCCCAUCUGACCUACAUGGUGGACGGGGACGACGCGGGCGAGUUCCUGGCGCAACGCAUCCGCGCUGCUCAGAGCAGCGGUGGCUCAUCCGGCGGAUCGACUGGUGGCUUCGCCGAGAGCAGCAAUAGCGGCCUUGGCGCCAGCGGCGGCGGGCUUUUCGGAGGCCUCUUCAGCGGGGUCGGGCAGUAGAUAUUUCUGAUGUCCCAUUACCGGCGACACAUUGGUUGCCUCGGGGACAGAAGCUGAUCUGGCCAUGUGCGGUGAGCGUGGAGCACUGA